AUGGCAUCAUCAAAGCUCUUCAUGAAUGGUGUCACAAUGCUAGUCUUGUUCUCAACCUUUGCAUGCAAAAGCCAUGGUGUAGAGCUUAAGGACAUAAUGAAGUGUUUGGAGAGGUUAACACCAUGCCGACCAUUCUUGAAAUCACCACGAUUACCUCGUACUUGUUGUGAUCCUCUCAAGAAAGUCCUCAUCGAUGAUCCGACCUGUGUUUGCGCUGUUUAUAACAACGAUUCGAUUCUUAAGAGCUUCAAUAUGACAAAAGCACAAGCUUAUCAACUUCCGAUUAAAUGCGGCAUGCCACCUCCUGAUCCCAAUAGAUGCAAGACUGUUAAUGGGACAGGGGCAAGUGAAAUUGUGGUUAAGUUUAAGGAGAAGCACAAUGAAGGCAAUGUGGUUGUCUUCAAUUUUAUGGGGGUUGCUGUGCAUUUUGUUACAUUCCUCACCUGA